CUCUCUCUCUAGAGUUAUAGUUUCUUCCUACACAGACACGUAUUGUAUUGGAACAUUUGGUCGUAUUUGGUCUUAAUUUUUUGUUUCGUUUGUUAAUGCCUUCUUAUCUACUUGUCUUUUAUAUUCGAAUUGAACUUGAUUGUUCUUGGGAUGCGAAAUUAUCUCGGCCGUCAUGUGGUUUCUGGACUCAAUUCAACUUCUUUUUCUUACCAAUCCAAGUGUUUUUCGUUUCACUAAUCCCUUUUUUACUUGAUGACGACUUUAAUUUCCCCCUCGAUAUGUGGCCAUCAGUGUUUAAUUCGACGAUUUAUGGAGUCCGCCGCUGCAAUUUUAUUACCUAUUCUACUUUUACGGAAAUUUUUUGUUUUGCUCGAAUGAUUUUAUCCAUAUGUUUUGGGAUUGCAGUGGAUUGGAAGCUGUGUUCUUAUAGGUAGGUGUAGUUAUUAUAUGUUAGAUUUCCGAUUUGGGAUGUAAAUUACAUACGUAGAAAUAUGAUCGAUCGCAUAAGUAUUCGGCGUCUGUCCUGGAACCUACGAUUAGGGAUUUGGAAGAACUGAACUCUGAGACAGAAUGGCAUUAAUUUCUAUGAUUAGAGGAAGUUAUUCAUGAUAAAGCGUCUACAGGGGUUGGUCGUAGAAAUCAUCAGGACACAGGACUGCUACUUGAAAAUUGUUGAAUUAUAGUGGUUUGGUUUCAGCUUCGGUUGAUGGGGACAGGGGAAGAGGGCACGCCUUCUAAAACUUCCAAACCUCCCUCUUCAUCCCAGGAAAUAGCUCCAACACCUUCAUAUCCUGAUUGGUCAAGCUCAGUGCAGGCUUAUUAUGGUGCUGGUGCUACUCCGCCUCCCUUCUUUGCAUCUACUGUUGCUUCUCCAACUCCCCACCCUUACCUCUGGGGAGGUCAGCAUCCUUUGAUGUCACCUUAUGGGACUCCACUACCUUAUCCAGCUAUAUAUCCUCCUGGGGGAGUUUAUGCCCAUCCCAAUAUUACUGUGACUCCUGGCUCUGUACCAAUCAAUGCUGAAUAUGAAGGGAAAUCCCCUGAUGGAAAGGAAAGGGCCUCAAAAAAAUCAAAGGGCAUGUCAGGAAAUACUGCUUCAGGUGGUGGUAGGACUGGGGAGAGUGGAAAGGUGGCUUCAAGUUCUGGAAAUGAUGGUGCUUCUCAAAGUGCUGAAAGUGGUACCGAGGGCUCAUCAGAAGGCAGUGAUGAGAAUGCUAACCAACAGGAAAUUGCUGCAAAUAAGAAAGGAAGCUUCAACCAGAUGCUGGCAGAUGGAGCCAAUGCACAAAACAACACAGGUGGACCAAAUGCCAAAUCUUCAGUGACUGGGAAACCCAUCGCCAACAUUCCUGGAACUAAUCUGAACAUGGGAAUGGAUUUGUGGAAUACCACCAAUGCAGCUUCUGGGGCUGGAAAAGUGAGAGGAAAUGCUGUCUCAUCAGCUAUUGUUUCUGUACCAAUGGUUGGUCGUGAUGGUAUGAUGCCUGAACAAUGGGUUCAAGACGAACGCGAGCUAAAAAGACAGAAGAGGAAGCAGUCUAACCGGGAGUCUGCCAGGAGAUCAAGAUUACGCAAGCAGGCGGAGUGUGAAGAACUACAAGCGAGAGUGCAGACAUUGAACAACGAAAACCGUACUCUUAGGGACGAGUUACAGAGGCUCUCCGAGGAAUGUGAAAAGCUAACAUCAGAAAAUAGUUCCAUCAAGGAAGAAUUGACACGAUUUUGUGGGCCAGAGGCAUUAGCUAACUUCGAAAAAGGAACCGCUGCAGCACCUGCUCAAUCUCGAGGCGGCGAAGGCAAAGAUUAAGAACAUCAAUUCCACAACAUUCAAAAGCGAUGGAUUCUGGACUGGGGGAGAGAAGAACCAUAUUAACUCAAAUUUAUGAUCUUUGUCGUAGGAAUAUAGAAAUUUAUUUUUCUGACUAGUCUAUACGCUUGACCCUGUUUCAACAACUGUAACAUUAUAAAAGGAAAAAAUUUCUCACUUGGUUGCUCACUGCACCGUAGAAUAUGGACAGUACUACUGUAGGGAUUGAUUACAAAUACUUGUAAGCUUUUCAUUUCAAUUGCCGAACUUAUUUAUCUACCGAGAGAUAAAAAGUUCAUAUGUUUCCAUUA